AACGCGCUCGUCUCCAUGUACGCAAGGUGCGGCCGCCACGAGGACGCCGCCAGGGUGUUCGACGAAAUGCGCGUCCGGGACUCCGUGUCCUGGAACUCGCUCAUCGCCUCCGCUUCCUCCUCCAGCGCUGAAGACGCGCUUGUGCAGUUCAGGCAGAUGCUGCGCUCGCCCUUCUCCAACAGCAGUGCCACACGCGUCUCGUGUGACCACGCCACAUUCACCACGGUCCUCUCGGCGUGCGCGCGGGCGGCAUCACUCGCGGCGUGUGCCAUGGUGCACGGCCUUGUGGUCUCUCGCGGGUUUGAGACAGAGGUAUCUGUCGGGAACGCGCUGGUGACAGCCUACUUCGAGUGCGGAUCUCCUGGCUCUGCGAAAAGGGCGUUCCAUGGGAUGGCAGAGAGGAACGUCAUCACAUGGACAGGGAUGAUCUCCGGGAUGGCUCGAGCAGAGUUCUACGAGGACAGCAUCAUGUUGUUUCGGCAGAUGAGGCGCACGGUCGACGCCAACUACGCGACGUACUCAAGCUCCCUGCUAGCUUGUGCUGGAUCUUUGGCAGCCAAGGAAGGUCAGCAGAUUCAUGGCCUUAUCGUGAAGGCUGGCCUCGAGACUGACCUGCAUGUCCAAAGCGGGCUUAUGGAUGUGUACUCCAAAUGUGGCUUCAUGGAGGAUGCUCUAAGUGUGUUUCGCUCCUGUCGGGAUCCUGACGAAGUUUUCUUGACAGUGAUUCUGGUCGGAUUUGCUCAGAAUGGACUAGAGGACAAGGCAUUCGAAUUGUUUGUGGAGAUGGUGGGUGAAGGAAUUUGCAUUGAUACAAACAUGGUUUCUGCAGUUCUGGGGGCAUUUGGUGCUUCCGCGCCAUUUGCUCUUGGGAAGCAAAUCCAUGCACUGGUCAUCAAGAAGUGCUUUGGAAGGAAUAUGUAUGUUUGCAAUGGUCUGAUCAACAUGUAUUCAAAGUGCGGUGAGUUACAAGAGUCUGUCCAAGUGUUCGAUGAGACAACCAGUAAGAACUCGAUUUCAUGGAACUCCAUCAUUGCAGCCUUUGCGCGACACGGUCAAGGUUCUAAAGUCUUUCAACUGUUUGAAUCCAUGAAAGCCGACGGUGCCAAUCCCACGGACGUGACAUUCUUAUCACUACUCCAUGGGUGUAGCCAUGUCGGAUCAGCAAAGAAAGGACUGGAGAUCUUAUACUCUAUGUCUUCACAGUACGGGGUCCUCCCAAGGGUGGAACAUUACUCAUGUGUUGUCGACAUGCUUGGCCGAGCAGGUCUGUUGCACGAUGCAAAAUCGUUCAUUGAGGAUGGCCCUUUCAAGGAUAAUGUUCUUCUUUGGCAGGCCUUAAUGGGUGCGUGUAGCUUCCAUGGGAACUUGGAGAUCGGGAAAUAUGCGGCGGAGAAGUUGCUCCUUGUGGACCCUGACUCCCCUUCUGUUUAUGUAUUGUUAUCAAACAUCUACUCAUCCGAGGGCCGAUGGGAUGAUCGAGCCAAGGUCAUGAAGAAGAUGAGGCAUAUGGGAUUGAGGAAGGAUACGGGCAAGAGCUGGAUCGAGCUCGAGAAGGAAGUUCAUUCUUUCGUCGUGGGGUCACCCACGUCUCACCCUGAUUCUGCUGCGGUUGACGAUGUGCUGCUGCAGCUGUCUGCAGUUGCCAGUGAUCGUCAGGACCAUGAUGGAAGGAAAUGCUUUAUGAGUGAGACGUCAGAUGUGCAUACUCGAUUCUGAUGCAUUAAUAUUCUUAAGGCUAUCCCAUGACCAUGAUCUUCAUGGCGAGCGGAACCCCUUCAGGACAUGGAGAUGGGCAUGGGUGCCCCCUGGAGGGUAGCACCCCAAGUGGGUCAAGGAGUUGUGUGGUUAGGCUGGUGACUCCCGGAGAUCACAACAGCGAGCGUGGUAGAUUGGUGGGUCCUCAAGGAGGGAGCUAAGAUUCCUGCAGCAGCACUCUAGUCUCCAAUAGCAUCAAAGUAGACCUAAGGGUCUGAUUUGGAAUGUAUGAAGAGUUGUGAAAAUAUUUUAAAGAUGGAAGACAAAUCGAAGCGUGACACAUUGACAAGAGGGGAAAUUGAGUACUAUCUGUCUUCAAGUUUUCGGCCUUCAACUGCAGUUCGGGGGGACUCAUGGAAGGCUUACAAUACUCCCUCCAAUAAAAGGAGGCGACAUUUUUUACUAUAAUUCAGUAGAAACUUAUAGUCAAAGUUAUAUUUUUGAGACCAUGUCCAGAGUCAUGUUUUUGUCCAC